UAGUUGCUGCUCGCUUGAUUGUGCAGCUCUCUGAAGCGGCUGCAGACCAGAGAGCGGCGGGGCUGGACUCUGCUUCAUUUAUUUGUCUUCAUGAUUCAUGAAAAAGCUGCUUUCUGUCAGACAGCCCGGAGGAGCUGGUGAAGACAGAGCCCAUGCUGGAAUAGAAACAGUUAUGUCGAGGAGAAUAUCCAUCCAUAAUGAUCAGGAUGUUAUGUGUCCAACUAUGAACAAGCUGCAACAGGAUCCGGGAAAUAAAGUGCUCUGACAGGGUGCACCAGGAGCCACAGCUCUGGACGGACCGAUGCCAUGAAGACCCAGAAGGCCCCGGGUGAUGCAACAACUUCACCUCCUUGCCGACGGAAGUCUCGCUUCAGCUUACGAGGCAGAAAGAAGAAGGACGGGGUGAUCCAAGGCAAGCUUCGUAUUCGCUCCAUACCUGGAGCCUUCUUGGUGCUGGGGGUCAUCGUGGUGGUGGUUGGCACCGCUCUGGCUGUGGCAGGAUACUGGCCGUACCGCAUGUCCAGAUCGUCCAUCCUGGAAGCUGCGGAGGGGGAAAGCAUGUCUGAGUCGCAUACGUCUGGCUGGAGCUUGGGCGCCAAGGGCCUGCUAUCCUCAGCCAGCCUCAUCCACAGUGAACGGAUGAAGCUGCUGGGACCUGUCAUCAUGGGGGUAGGACUCUUCAUUCUCAUCUGUGCCAACACAGUCCUUUACGAGAACAGGGACAGAGAGACUCAGAUGCUGCUGGCUCAGAUGCGCAGUGUAAUCUGCUCUGUGUCUGCGGCCGUUCCCUCAGCAGACCUUAAAGAAAUAGCCACAGCCAACUCCAUGGCCAAACACUACCAGUGGGUGAGCAGUUUACCAGCUGCCCAUCUUAACAUCCUCUGUCUGCAGCAGCUGACCAGCUCAGAGCCCCUGCUCCAGACAAGACACCACCCAGACCAGGAGGAAAGAGCGGAGGGCAUCUUCCAGCAAGCUGUCCUCCAGACGGAGGCCCUCCACCACCAGGAGUCAGAGCCUCCGCCCUCCCUGCACUCCUCCCACUCCAACUCAUGUAAUUCCAGUCAGACAGACUUUAACACACAGUCUAGUGCCGAGCACAGUGCCGGCUUCUAUCCAGAGCGCACCCCACUCUUCAAGCUGGUGUCUGCCAGCUCCAUGUCCACUCUGGAUGAGGUGGAUACCCCAGCUAUUGAGCCGAGGCGCUGCCACAGUAUGAGCUACAGGACUAAGCCUUAUAUAGCUCGGACUGGUGUGUGUCUGGAGGAUGGACUCCACAGGCCCAGGAAGGAGGGGGAAAUAAAUCAGCUGGGAGUCAUGAGGAGAGAGGCUGGAUCGCAGGUUUGCGUUAACAUCCCUUUGCAAGUGGAUGUUGCAGAGGAUCAAACUCGCCGAAGCUGGCCUCGGCUAGACCUGGGCAGCGGGAGACGCUACCUGAAACUGGAGAACAAAGAGGACUCAGUGGAUAAACUGUUGGACCAGCUAGAGCAGCAGUGUUAUCAGUGGGAUAAGAGUUUUGGCUCUGGGCCUUUCCAGUGAUUGGCCGCUUUUCACAUUCCUGAGAGUAGUUCUGGGUAAAAACACUCUGACGACCAAGGAUCAUAAUGAGAUUUCCCCUGGAUUCUAAAACUGCACUAUAUUUUUGUUUUUCCUGUGUGGGACAGGCAGAAACUGAGCCCUGGAUCAUUGGAGUACAAUGUUCUCAUUCUCACAAGGAUCUUCCAAAACUUGAGCCUGUCCUCAGUCUUCAGUGGAAUAUUGAUACACAGAGUUUAUGGUCUUUGCUUGGCUUCCAAUUCAUGUGUUAGAUGUUUUAUAUAAUUGAAAGAAACAAUAUACAGACCCUACACUGUCACAGAUGAGCAAUGCAAUUUAAUGGACGGUUUAGGUCUGUUGUAUGGGUUGGCAGUAAUGCAAGAAAUUGCAAAGCCUACAUGGGUUUGCUUGUUUCCAGGACACAGUGUGCACAAUUUAGUGAAGGAGGGAUAUGUUUUCACUGUGGAAUCAAUUUUGAACCAAACUACCUGGACCUCUGAGUCCAUAAAGUGCUGACAGCUCUUGACAAAUGCAACUAGUAUAUAAAAAAUGGGAUUUUUUUUCCUCAGCUGAGGUCCCAUACUCCAAAUGCAAUGCAUGGCAGUGAUGUACAGUAUGUUACAUCUCAAUACUUAUGCAGAGUAACGUCAGUGUUGGUUUUAUGUGUAUAAGUUAUAAUGAUAAUUCUGGUUUAUUACAACUCCGACUGUACUCAACAUGUUGAUUGCUGAGAUCUGGGAGCACAUUACUGCAACUGUCUCUAAACUGUGGUCGACGUUUGUAAUGGAAACUUUGGGUAAUAAUUGUACGCUUGCCUUUGUUUUGUUAUGGACAGAUGAUCAGGACCAUGGAUCCUGGGGCCUCAUGUAUCAACACACACAAAGAUUGCUUAAGCAGUUUGUUAUGCACAAGCAACAUGCAUGAAAAGUGACAAAGUGCAGACUGCGGUAUAAAAUCUUGUCUGGCAGAAACGACUUUCUUGAUGUUUUCACAACAUAUUGCAAGUAAACUAAGCUAAAACUACCUGGCACAGUUAUUUUUAUUGGCAACAGUUUUUCCUAUUAAUGUGACACGGAGAUGUUAACACACCUCAGGCGCUCAGAGAUCCAUGACGCAUAGGAGGCACACAUCUCCUCAGGGAAGAAAACACAGUGCGUGUGGGCAGAAUAAGUCAGGUGUGAGGCAAAACUCAUCUGGUAGGUGAUGAUUAAUUAUGGCAACAAGCUGUUGGGAAAUUACAACUGCGACCCAAACACUCCUGUUACCCUUUCAUCCUGUGGCGUCCUUCACCCGCGGGAGCUACACUCUUCAUGUGCGCAGCAAUGCAUUUCUUAAUAUUGCAGGGGUUAAAACCCAAAAUGUCGUCCCGGAGGGAAUGUGUAGAAUGUAAUGAAUUAUGUAUUAGAUGAAUUUCACCUUGAUGUCAGACAACUUUUUUUUGACUUGCACAGCAAGCUGACAAGCCUGUAUAUUUGUAAUCAUUUGCAUGUCAUUUGCGGGAACAGCCAGGGUGGAUAGGAGGCCGGUGCAUGUGCAUUCAUAUUCAUAUUGGGACGUAUUGAGACAGAAUGUGACGUCAGGACAGUUUGAAACAUGAGGGUGUCUUUGCGUACAUUCUUUUGCACACUGCAAAAAAAGCCAACUUGUAUUUUUUGGCCUGAAACAGUGAUUUAAGUUGGUAAAACUUGGAAAUAUAAAUUAUUGACAUUUAGGGCAAUAAUGUAAGUUAGCACAACAAAGGAAGCCAGUUGUCUGCUCAAAAACAAGUUUGUGAGUUGUUGUUACUUAUAUCUUUAAGUUGGGGUUCACAACAAGGGACAAUAGUUCUGCUAACUCUUAUUUCUUUGUUGUGAAAUUCGGUCUUGAGCGAAAGCUAGCAGCUAACUGAUGCUAGCGGCUAACUGAUGCUAGCGGCGCUGCUUGUUACAGCUACAAGAGUAGCCAUUAGCAUAUCAAUGCUAACUCAAAAUUGUGAUCGCAACAUUAGCUGACAUUUCAUAGCAGCGUUACAAUCGUGCCACUUCAGCACAUUGCAGAAGUUAGCAGAAGUAAGGAUUAAAAGUUAUUACAAUGUAAAAUUAUAAAUUAGUACAACUUACAGUUGAGUUGACAAAAAUCUGAAUUCAGAGUUGAGCAAACAUAAAAAACAAAACUUAAAAUAUUUAGUUUAAUUCUCCAACUUAAAAUUUUAUCGAAGUUUGUUGGGUGAAGCCAAAUUUUGACUU